UCCUCCUCCGCGGGCGGCGGCGGCGGGAUGAGUGAGGCCGGGCCGGGGCCGGUUACCGGGGAGCCGGCGGUGCCGGUGCGGCUGGAGCAGGCGGUGCUGGAAACCUUCUUCUCGCAGCUCGGCGUCUUCUCGCACGACCGGGCCAAGGACUAUGUGGAGCGGGAACGGGAAGGCAGCCGGGCGGCAGGGCCCGCCUGGGCCUCGGGCUGGGCCGCUCUCCUCGCCGCCCUCGGACACCUGGCCGCCGCCGAGAAGGCCUAUCAUGGCAUGGGCUUCCUGGGGCAGAAACUGGGUGGGCAGUCGUUCUUCAGUCGGAAAGACUCCAUACGGACCAUCUACACGUCCCUGCAGAAUGAGCUGCGUAAGUUGGUCACAGCCGGGCGGAGCACGGCGGCUGGCAACUCCUCACACCUGGACGAGCUUCUCUCCCACCUGUCGGAGCAGCUCAGUGACUUUGUCCAAGCCCGCAUGGAGAUCGCGGAGUUCUACGAGAAGAUGUACUCUCUCAGCUCGCAGAAGUCCAUCCAGUCAGUGGAGCUGGUGCACUCGCUGGAAUGUAUCCUGCAGAAGCACAGCUCAAGGUUCCAUCACCCGAUCCUGAGCCCGCUGGAGAGCAGCUUCCAGCUGGAGGCAGACGUGCUCACGCAGCUGCUGAAGGCUCAGGCGGAGAUCAGCGAAUGGAGGUUCCUGCCCUCGCUGCUCAACCUGCACGGCGCCCACUCCAAACUGCACAUCUGGGGCCAGAUGUUCGAGAAGCAGCGCGAGACCAGGAAGCACCUGUUCGGGGGCCAGACCCAGAAGGCCCUCCAGCCCCCUCACCUCUUCCAGUGGCUCACCAGGCUGAAGAACGCCCUCCUGUCCAAGUUCAGCUUCUACUUCCACGAGGCUCUGAGCCGCCAGACCGGCCCAUCCGAGAUGAAGGCCCUGACCGCCAAGACCAACCCCGACUACUGCGGCAAGAUCUCCAGCUUCAUCCGCAAGUACGACGCCCAGAACAUCUCGCUCAUCUUCGACAACCGCGGCUCGGAGACCUUCCAGGGCCACGGUUACCACCACCCACACUCGUACAGGGAGGCGCCCAAGGGUGUGGACCAGUACCCUGCCGUGGUGUCUCUGCCCAGUGACCGGCCGCUGAUCCACUGGCCCAACGUCAUCAUGAUCAUGUCGGACCGUGCCGCCGAGCUCAACACCCUGGACAAAGUGGUCCACUUCUACGACGACAAGGUCCAGUGCACCUACUUCCUCACCCGGCCCGAACCCCAGUUCACCAUCGUGGUCAUCUUCGAUUCCAGGAAGUCGGAGAAGGAUUCCCACUUUCUCUCCUUCCUCAACGAACUCUCCACCUCCCUGAAGAACAGCAAGCACUUUGCCAGCUUGAAACCCGGCUCCAAGGGCUGAUGUCAGUAGCUCUGGCGCAAGUCCACAUUGUUGGCAAGAGAUGUAAACACUGUACACCUAGCAUUACCGGUCCAGUUACCUUUUACCUAUUCCCCCCCCCUCCCCCCCUUCCAUCUGCAUUCCUUCCCCAAGCCGCACAAUUGGCAUCUAUAGACUUUAGAGAUACAGGGCGGGAACAGGCCCUGCGCCCCACCGAGUCUGCACCGCCAGCCUACGGACAAUUCUGCUCCAACCAUCAAUCUGUACACAUGUACACCAGCACUAUACUACACACUAGGGACAAUUUAUAAAUUUUACCAAAGCCAAUUAACCAACAAACCUGCAUGUCUUUGGAAUGUGGGAGGAAAUCGGAGCACCCAAAGAAAUCCCACACGGACACAGGGAGAGCAUACAAACUCCCUACAAACAGCACCUGUAGUCAGGAUCAAACCCGGGUCUCUGGCGAUGUAAGGCAGCGACUCUACCGCUGCACCACUGUGCCGCAUCCUCUCCAUGCAGAAAUUGGGACUGCAGUUUACAAGUCGGAGACAUUCGGUCUGCCGUCAGCUAGAAGUUGCACAGCCCUAGGGGUGGGGCUUCUGGUAAAGCCGCUACCUCACAGCGCCAGAAACCCAGGUUCGAUCCAGUACUUGGUUGCUGUCUGUGCAGUGUUUGCAUGUUCUUACUGUGACCUUGUGGGUUUCCUCUGGGCGCACUGGUUUCCUCCCACUUCACAAAGACGUGUGGGUUUGUAGGUUACUUGCCCCUCUGUCAAUUGCCCCUAGUGUGCAGGGCGUGGAUGUGAAAGUGGGAUAGUAUUGAACUAUUGCAUGGGCUCGGUGGCCCGAAGGCAUAGAAUUUGUGUGAUCAUCGGCGAGCUGAAGGGCCUGUUACCACGCUGUGUCUCCAAACUAAAACCUUUUUUCAAGUGUGCAUGCUAGUGUUACAAGGUUAAUACUAACUGACGUAAGGAAUCCAUUUUCUUUAGUAACUUAUAAUUGUAAAAUAAAAAUUACUUCCACUUAAUGCAAAUAAUGUUUUAAUCCUAAAUGUUAUUUGAAAAAUGUAAAGAUAUGUUUACAGACCAAUUGCAGAAAAAUUAAACUGGAAGCACCAUUCUAACAAU